AUGGAACCUUCGUCGCCCAUACCAGCAAUAUCUAGUCUGCUAGGGCCGCAGGUGACGAGUUGGCCAUAUUCCGAAACGUCGUUGAUCCAUGCACUUGAAUUAAAGGUGGAACAGGAGAAAACCAAACAGCAGUACUAUAGAUUAGAGAAUGUUAGCAGGUCUAUUGAUUUGGUUAAAAUUGCUAUAGAUGCCCACGUUCCUGGGAAUUCUAUACCAUUACUGUUUAAUAACAAUAUUGGCGAAGAAAAGAGCACUGAAUUGCUGGAAACGCUCGCUACAGCAGGCAGGACAGGGCGAAAUGUUUUCCAGUCUGGGAUAAAGGCUAAGCUUGGGGAAGCAGGCCAGGAAACGGCAGGUGUGCAUGUAGUGGAAUCAGGGCUUUCUGCAGCACCUCUGAAUUAUAAAUUCCCCCCGGAGCAACUGCAGACUCAAUAUAGUCAAAGUGGUGGUGGGGGCGGUGCUGGUGCUGGUGCUGGUCGUGUUUCUAAAGAUACAAGGUCGACUGCUACUGUGAAAAGUGCACAUAGGCGGACGCAUUCUCCGGCAAGAAUCGGUGCAGCUGCAGUGGCAGCCUUAAAUGAGGCUUCAACUUCCUUAAAGGAGACUGAACAUGAGCACGAAACGUCAGAGGCGGAACGAGCGAGAGAGGCGUGCUCAGUGCCUCCACCGGCUCCAGUAUUGACAAAAGGACAUAAGAGGAAUAUAUCACUACCGUCAUUACAGCUCUAUCCCAGGCAUUCAUCUUCACAGUCGGAUUCGUUUCCUAUUGAACAUAAGAAACCUCUUACGACAGUCCUGAACUUUGCCUCUUGGCAAGCGUAUAAUCCUCAAUUACAAAAGACAAUAAGCUCCCAAGCAGGGGUUAGAAGACACAGAAGGUCUAGAUCGGCUUCUACUUUUGGAGUUAUUGACUUGAACCUAGUGAAUCAAGUUAGGUUACCAGAGAGUGAUUCUAGAUCGAGUACGAAAACUGGAAGAUCUCUGCUGUUAGGAAACGAUGUAAAUAACAGGACGAUGUCUCAAAAUAACUAUGACACCGAUUCUGAUGAUCAGAAGACGUGCAGUGAGCCAAGUGCACAUACUACACCUAUGAAAAGACCCAAUUUUGUGGAUAAUCUCUUGAAUAGUUGA